UGUUGGCAGCAGAGAGCAAGUGAAAACAGAAGCUGCAGCGGGCAGCGGCCCGGGCACAAAUAGCUCCCGCACGAUUCACCGGAGCUUCCCCCGGGCCCAGGGCCCGGAGCCCAGGCCUGAUCCCCAAAGCCGUAGAGGCCGCCGCCGGGACCGGCAGCAACUUGGCCCAGACCGCACUCGGGCACAGUGCGAGAGAGCUCCGCGCUGCGCUUCUCUUGGGCUGCUCAGCGCCCCCUCGGGCUCGGGCUGGGCCUCGGGGGGCGGCGGGCGCGGCGGACGGCGAUGCCGGGACGCGCUCUCCUCCGUGUGGCCCGCAGGGUCCUGGGCGCCUGGCUGCUGGGCGGCCUCUGGGUCUGGGCGCUGGGCGGCCUCUGCGGCCUGGGGGCGGCGGCGGCGGCGGCGGCGGCCCCGGGGCCCGGGGCCGGGGACUCCCCGGGGUCUCAGCGCCCGUGCCAGGCGCCGCAGCAGUGGGAGGGGCGUCAGGUGCUGUACCGGCAGAGCACCGGGCGCUACAGCCGCGCCCUGCUCUCUUACGACGGGCUCAACCAACGCGUGCGGGUGCUGGACGAGAGGAAGGCGCUGAUCCCCUGCAAGAGAUUAUUUGAAUAUAUUUUGCUCUAUAAGGAUGGAGUGAUGUUUCAGAUUGAACAAGCCACCAAGCAGUGCUCCAAGAUCACCCUGACAGACCCCUGGGACCCUCUAGACAUCCCUCAGAACUCCACCUUUGAGGACCAGUACUCCAUUGGGGGACCCCAGGAGCAGAUCACCGUCCAGGAGUGGUCGGACAGAAAGUCAGCCAGAUCGUAUGAAACCUGGAUUGGCAUUUAUACACUCAAGGAUUGUUAUCCUGUCCAGGAAACCUUCACCAAAAAUUACAGUGUGCUGUUGUCCACACGGUUUUUCGACAUACAGCUGGGCAUUAAAGACCCGUCGGUGUUUACCCCGCCAAGCACAUGCCAGACAGCCCAGCCGGAGAGGAUGAGCGAGGACUGCUCCUGAUAAGCGUGUGAACACGGAAGGGACAGCAUCAGACAUCAGAUGCCAGCCGCCCCAGCUCGAACCAGAUUUGAGACUUGAGAGAUGAGACUCUCAUUAGAGAUAAAUACCAUAAUUCUAGGAAGAUAAACUUCGAUGUGUGUUUUGUUUUGUUUUGUAUGUGUGGUUGUGACUACUUGGGCUAGGUUUACAAAAAGGAAUGGAAUGGAGAGUAUGUGAUAAUAUAUGAAGAGAUGGCUAACACGGGGACCUCAGAUGUUUCCGAAGCCUGUCUGGGAGCUGCGCUUUCUGUGUGCAGGUGUAUGGGAAGUGCGGUGGCAUACACGGGGCGAGGGGAGGGUCAGCAGGGGUGAAUGUGUUGUUAUCGACCUUACUGGGAAUUGCUAGAUGGCUGGCAUGUGGUGAUAAAAAGAGCAGAACGACUUUGGUCAGUUUUGGUAUUAAUGCCCCAGCUCUCUACAGACAAUGACCCGCUUGUCGCCUGCACCAGGGUAGUGGCUGAGCCCACUGCUGCAUGCCUCCAGCACCUCCUUUUCCCCCACCCUGUGCUCCCUUGGCUGCUGGCAGUGUGAUGCCUUAAAAUCCCUUCCGGCCUUAAGAGCUUUAUGGCAUGACCCAAUGGAUGUAAACAUUUGGGGAGGAAAUGAAAGGCUGUAACACAAAGUAAUGAUUCCUCUAAAGAUAUAUUUUAAACAGGAGGGUUUGGAAAAUCUUAAUGUCUAUUUCUGGGUAAGCAUGAGCCAUAUAUGCUUCCUUUUUUUCUAUGCAAGAGUAUUGAUAUAUGUGCUGAAUCAUCACAUACUUGUCAAGAGACCUGUAGAGACAGGUAGCAUUCUAACAAUAGCACUGAACUGGGAGUCAGGGGACUAUUGUUUCUGAAAUCCAGGACAAGAAUUGCCUUGUACUGGAACUCCUUUGAGUCACUAGACAUAUUAUGCUUCCCCUCACCUCUGCAUCCCUGGGGCAGCGUUUCACAGCCUCUUUGUCUAUCUGACUUCUGCUCAGCCUUCCCAGGUCAGCUCAUGCAUGGCCUUUGGAGGCUGCUCCCAAGCCUGGACUGGGUACACCUCGCAGCUUGAACAUGCUAGUCUGACAAUGCUUACUAGGCUGUGUCUAAAUUUCCUGCUUCCUGGAUGCUCUCACUCACUAGCCUGGCUAUGAGCGCCGUGAGUACGGGUACCGUGUUCUGUUUACUUUUAUAUGCCCAGCACCAAGUGCCUGGCACGUGGUCAGUGCCCUAAACAUAUGUAGAGUGGAGAAUGCUAGCCUCUCUGGUCCUUACUUCCUCAUCUGUUAAAUGGGAUUGGGUUUGCUGAUCUCUAGGGAGAUAUGUAGUAAUAAAAUUUAUCAUUCUAGAUUCCUUCUACUAUUGUGUUUUAUCUGGCCAUCUAUCCAUCAUCUGUUACCAGGAGAAAUGUGCGAUGCUUAUAUUACGCUGAAAACAAUCUGUAUUACUCACAGUUUAUCUAUAUUGUUUCAAUAAACAAAUUUAAUUGCA